UAUCCAAUAAUUUUUUCUUUAAAAAAUAACGUUAUCAGUUUUUUGUCAUAUUCAGAGCUUUUGCUAUGCAAUUUUAUUCAUUGUUACCAUUUACAUGAACACAAGUCCAAUCUCAAAUAAAUAUUACAGGAUCAGUGUAACUAAUUUUCACUGAAAAGAAACUAACUACUUUUCCUUUAGAGUUGGUAAGAUUUAUCUCAAUUCUCAACUCAUUCAACUAAAACAUGCGACUCUCAAUAAUCUCACCUCUACUUCAUGUCUUUUCACAGGUCACAGCAAUAUCUUAAAACAUAGACUUAAAAUGUCAUUUUGACCAAAAUAUUGUUAAAAAUGUGAUAAGUUAAAGCAGCAAUUUAUUAAUACCAUAUAUAACAUCUCCCAAAUAUGUUCUUACACAUUGCUAUCAUUUUAUAUAUGGAAAAGUUUCCUAAUGAUCAAAUUUGAUUUUGAGCAAAGCUAUCAAUUAUAAAUUGAAGAAAUAUUCCUUGGAAAUGUAAAUAUUCUGCGUUUACCAGUUCAUGGCGGCCACAAACCUCGAGAAUUCGUCAAAACAUGUUUGUUCUCUAAUCUUUCCAACGACUUUCAAAAUAUAUAUAUAUGCUUAGUCAUGCAUUUAAUAAUAACAAAUCAUUGAUCUUAAACCAAUAAGGUUUUCGUCGUUACCCACUACCCCCUUCUUUAUUUCAUUACAAAACACAGCAACACAUCAAUCAUACCAUAUGAUCAUUGCACCAUCUCUCUAAGAUUUUUAUUUACAACGAUCUAACAUUUCAAUUUUGUUCUUUAUUUACAUUUUGGUGUGUUCAGAAAAAAUCAACAAUGGGAGCGUACAAAUCCGACGACGACUACGAUUAUCUCUUCAAACUAGUCUUGAUCGGAGAUUCCGGAGUCGGAAAAUCCAACCUGUUGUCUCGGUUCACCAGAAAUGAAUUCAGUAUCGAGUCAAAGUCUACCAUCGGUGUCGAGUUCGCUACAAGAAGCGUUCAUGUCGACGAGAAAACCAUCAAAGCUCAGCUUUGGGACACCGCCGGUCAAGAAAGAUAUAGAGCAAUCACGAGUGCAUACUACAGAGGAGCAGUAGGUGCUCUUCUAGUGUACGACAUAACUCGACACGUAACGUUCGAGAACGUUGAACGAUGGCUCAAGGAGCUUCGUGACCAUACCGAUGCCAGCGUCGUGAUCAUGCUUGUUGGAAACAAAGCUGAUCUUCGUCACCUUCGUGCUGUUCCCACGGAAGAGGCUAGAUCUUUCUCUGAGAGAGAGAAUAUGUUCUUUAUGGAAACUUCUGCUCUUGAUGCUACAAAUGUUGAGCAAGCUUUCACUCAUGUCUUGACUCAGAUCUAUCGUGUAAUGAGCCGUAAAGCUCUUGAUGGCACUGGAGAUCCAACAUCGUUGCCUAAAGGACAGACCAUUGAUAUUGGAAACAAGGAUGAUGUUACUGCUGUUAAGUCCUCUGGUUGUUGCUCAAGUUGAAAUCAUUGUUUUUGUUUUUGUGUACUUCUUUUGGAGAGAGGUUUUGGUUCCUGGAUUUGUUGUAUCUGAAUUUAUAAUUUUGAGAGGGGGUGUGGUUUAAGGUUGGUUUUACAACACAACCCGCGAAUUUGUAGCGAAUUGAACAAGAGAUGGUCCGGUUAAAAAUUGUGUUUUAGUCGUGAACAAAACCUGAAAAGUAACCAAAAUGCUAGUCCCUAGCUCUCUCGAACUGAACAUUUUGGUGUUAGAUUUGGGUGGGAUUUCUAGUCAGCACAUGAGCAGUCCACUUAAACGAAAGUUGAAACCAGUGCAGUGGUUUGGUACUUAACAAAGCAAGAGAGGGAGAAACAUAUUCGCAAUCCAAUACAAUAAACUACCAGUAAUAUACUAAUAUGUAUCGCAUUCGUUAAUGUUGUAUUUUUUUCCAUUGUGUGUUACUAAACUGCUAUAAUUAAUAUUUCCCCAUCAGUAUAAGCUUUUGAACGCACAAAAUAACAUAUCAUUGAAAUGCUUAUAACAUAAAAGGAUCUAUAUGUUAUAUAGACAGAGAUAAUAAAUGAAAAGGAACAUAAUAAUUUGUUGAAACCCAAAAGAGAGAAAGAAAAUGUACCUUGUUCCACACGGAGCCAAGUUAGGUCCACCAUCCAAAUUAUGACAUGAUCUUUCCUUCCAAGUCUCAUCAAAAACAUGCCCAUGUUUAUCGUGUCGUUCACUUGACAAUCAUCAUCAUAUUGAUCUCUAAAAUUCAUGCGGUCAUUAUUUAUUAUAUAUGUUUUUUUAAUUAUAUAACCUAUCGACAGGUCCGGUUAACUCCACAAAAAAAAUUUGUAUUAAAAGGUGUACUUGUUACCACAUAACCUGAUAUAAGUUUCAAAUGCUUUUCGAUUAAUACUAAGGAUAACAAGAUCGUAUGCUACCAAUUUACCUGUAAACUAUCAAGUCCGAACCCAACCUUUUCACAUAGUAAUAACUUUGUUUCAGGGGAAACUUAAACUCAAAAAAGAGUGUUGUACCAUAUUUUCAGAUCUCUCACUUCUCAUGUUGGGCUUUCUGGUACUUGCCCGAUUUCAUGAAGAAAAAUGUAACGUGCAGGUGUCAAUGCGUGUUAUUUGACUUUCGUAAUUUGACGUUAGUUAAAAACUAUGCAAUUGAAAUCUAAAUCAUUUUUUCUUUCUAAAAGGAAGAGAAGGAACCAUAUAUAAAAGCCUAAAAGGUAAAGGAAACGAAAUUCGUGGUUGACUAAGCACUUUUUUUUUUUUUUUGCUAAGAAUGCUAAUAUCAUAUUAAUGAUGUUCAGAUUUUACAAAAGUUAAAUCUAAAGUUACUCUAUCAAGGCAAAAGAAAGAAAAACAAGAUAGAGCAAAAUCGGUUUAGAAAACCACACAGGUUCAAGUUAUCCAACUAGCAAGAAGAGAUCUGAAUUUCUUCCUCUUCUUCCUGGCUAUAAUUAUGUUUCUCACAUCUCUGUAUAUCUGUUUCGAAAUGACAGAAGGAACAAUGGUUGUGUUGUUGUGAUACACAUUGUUUUUCCAAAGAUGAAAUAUGGUUGGUUGGACUGCUUGACUAAGCACUUUACGUUAUAUCAAAUUAAUUACUUAUUUAUUUCGUUUAGCUAGCCCUUACUUGACCUCCACGAUGGAUCGGUCAAUCAAAAGAAAAUUUCGAGAUGAUCCAAAGAUUCUCAACACAAACAAAUAUGAUCAUGAUCGAACUUAUUAUUUUAAACGGUCGUUUAUACAAUUCUUGUAUGACACUCGUCUAAAUGACAUUUGACACAGUCCAAAUAAGAAUCCCACGAUGAUUUUACAAAAUCCAAUCAGUCUAAACGUCAAAAGAUAUUUACAAAACAAAAUAAUAAAAAAAUUAAAAGAUUUAGCAACGACAUGCAGGAUUUUGCUCAUGCGAAAGUAUUCCUCACACGUCAGGAAACUACAUGGAAGCUUUAAAAACUAUUCAAACAUACGUAUCAGAACACUAAUUAAUGAUUAUCCUAACCACACAAAUAUUAACUCGCUUAAUUAAAAAGGGUGUGACAAAAGAACAUCCUUCGCCCAAACAAAGACUCUGGUUUGGUCUCAAAGGUUACUUGCAACUUGCAAGGCAUUUGAAGAAAAAAACAACUUUAGCUUUUCUAUCAACCUCUCGUAAUAUCCUUUACGUACUUAGUUUCAUCAAUGAUACCAAAACCUGAGUAAAACAUAGAGACUGAGCAAAGGAAAAAGCUACUAGAUAUGUAGAUCAAAGUUGUUGAAGAUUAUCAAGAAAGUACUAAAGAAGAGAUCAAGAAGCCACUUCCAGACAAGACAAGAACAACAUGGAUACAAAAGGCAAUAUAUAGGUCAAACGUUUCAAACCACAGCUCAUUUAGCUAAUCUCAUACCAACAGGAACGGUUUACGCGUUUCAGCUCUUAUCGCCAAUUUUCUCAAACGGUGGUCAAUGUGAUUUAGCUAGCAAGAUCAUGACAUUAACGAUUCUAGUGGGCAUAUGUAGGCUCUCUUGUUUCAUACUUAGCUUCACGGAUUCUUACAAAGACAAAAAACGGUACAAUUUGCUACGGAUUAGCAACAUUGCGUGGGUUUUGGAUCAUUGAUGGAUCGGCAACGCUUCCUCAAGAGUUAUCUAAAAAAUGUAAAGCUGUGUUUAAAAUGGCGCUCGCCUUUUGCGCCAUGGCGCAAGGCGCACUCAGGCGAUGGCUCUGUCGCCAUGUACCACCUAGGCGAGGGUGGGUUCCCUAAGGCGCGCGCCAUGGGUGCCUUGUCGAGAAGGCGAGCAUGGCAAAGGCGAGCGUAAGGCGAGAUUAAUGUAAACCGUAUCUAAACCAUAUAAGCCUUAAUUAAUAAUUAAACCUUAGACUUUUUUGCUCAAAAAAAAAAAAAAUUAAACCUUAGACUUUAAAAAAACUUAACCGGGGAAACUUAAACGCCAAACC